AUGUCUAGCGUUGUGCCGUGGAUAGACUUUGGGAGGGACCGGCGAUUGGGUGGGUGCGCGGGGCGGGUUUUGACGAACGUGUUCCUCACCCGCAGCGGCCAUUCAUUCAAUCUGCACUGUGCCCGUGCGUCGACCUUCCCACCAUGCCGUUCUCUUUUCCUGUCCGCUCUGAUGCUCAAGCGACCCGCAACGCAUGGUCUCCCCUUCUCUGCCCUUGUCAGCGGACAACCGCACCCUCCCCCUCUCGACAUGCCUCUCGACUAUAAAUCCGGCGCAUUCCACCCCCGCAACGGCGUCGCUGUGAGCCUCCCUGGCCCUCAGCACUCGCCGAGUGAGCCCCCAUCUAUCCACGCAAGGAUGUCGUCCGCCCUCCUUCUUGCGCUGUCCAUCUAUGUCCUCUGCGCCUAUGUCUCCAUGGGCGCGUCGCACCCCUCCUCCCGGCUCGCCACACCGAGCGUGAACGCGACAGCAAUCUUUGGCACGCAGAGCGAGAGCUGGGCGCAGUACACGCCCUACUAUCCCGUCGACGAGUAUGUCCCGCCCCCUGAUGGCUGUGAGAUCACCCAGGCGAGUGUCUUCCCAUGGCCUGCGGUCAACAUCCUCCAAAGACACGGCGCACGCUAUCCAACAAAGUCCGCAACAAAGGCCAUCGAAAAGGCCCUGGCUAAAAUCCAGCCUGCCGUCAUCGCCAACACGAGCGACCCCCAGCUCGCAUUCAUCGCCAACUUUACCUACUCCCUCGGCGAAGACGACCUCGUCCCCUUUGGCGCCCAGGAGUCGUAUGAUGCGGGCGUGCAGGCGUACGAGCGCUAUGCCGCCCUCGUGAACAAUGCCGCCGACCUGCCGUUUGUGCGUGCCUCCGACUCGUCGCGCGUCGUCCAGUCCGCCACGAACUGGACCGCCGGCUUCUCCGCGGCAAGCAAUGGCGCCGCCACUCCGACGCUCAGCGUCAUCAUCUCCGAGACCGGCAACGACACCCUCGACGACGCGUCCUGUCCGUCGCUCUCUUCUUCAUCUGCGCCCGCUGCCCAGACUUCGGCCUGGAUCGACAUUUACACCACCAACAUCACCGCGGCACUCAACGCCGGCGCCCCCGGCGCAGACCUCAAGUCGACGGACACCCAGGCGCUGAUCAACCUGUGCCCGUUCGAGAGCGUCGCGAACGAGGAGCUGAGCGAGUGGUGCACGCUCUUUGACGAGCUCGGCGCGUUUGGCGGGUACGAGUACUGGGGCGACCUCGACAAGUACUACAACACCGGGUGA